UCGCUAUGUACACUUCAUGAGGUAAAUAUGUGUCGUUACUGGUGUCAUGAUUCCGUGUUUCUGGGUCCUCCUUUCUUCCUUCCUUCCUCCCUCCUCAUGCCUUCCACUCAUCUCCUCUCCUGCCCUGCUAGAGUACGGAGUACAUACCAAAAGCGUAUGUACAUAUAUAUCUUAUGUACCGAGGUAUCUAGGUACUUGAUGCACCUUACUUGCUGCAUUCCUGCUCUUACUGAAUUACCCAUUGUAUGUAUUGUACUAUGUACCUUUCGCUCGCGUUUUGGCUUGCAUCGGCAACUCCUCCUACCUUAGGUACUUAGUCAAGGCUACCCUCACACCCCACUCAGUUAUCCAGUCUUUUUUUACCUAUUAGUGCUUCCUUGUCUCUCGGACGGACGCCUGAACGUCCCUCAUCUAUCGGUCGACAUCCGGCCUUCUUAUACCUCGUCUUCAUUCCCGCCCCCCUAUCCUCCUCCCUUCUCUUCGUUUGAUAUUCUUGGCACCAGGUGGAGAGACGAGACGCACGGAGAGAGAGACGGAGAGAGAGAGAGACAGAGAGAGAGGUAGCCAGAGGGAGCGAGAGGGAAGCCAGACAGAAGAUAAGGCCGGUUUU